GCGUAUGUCCUAUAAGGUGACACGUGUAUAAGACGACCCCAGAGUUUUAGAAGAUUUUUGGUUGAUAUUUGUGUGUCUGGCGUAUAAGACGACUCCCUGUUUCAUGGUCGGAAAUUCAAGGGUAAUCUUCCGACUUUGAAAAUGCAGCCAGAGGAAAGAUGGGCGCAUUAUCUUUUUGUAGUAAGUGAUGUUCAAGUACUUGUGUCGUGAAGAUUGACAGAAGAAGAAUAAUAACGCAACAUGCAUAGAACUGCAGUAUCUCUGGGAAGUUAUCUACGACUUUUUAUUUGCGUAGUGUGCCUUGCGUUUAUGCAUGCUUUUGUUGGCGUCGUCUUCCAAGGCACUCCCAAUGAUGUAUCGUCGUUGCUAAUGGUACAAAACGUUGAUGAAACUCGUUACAUUUACGGAAGUUUAAAUGCACAAACCAUAGAUGAUGGGAGAGUGGAACAACAUGUAAAAACAUUUAGUUUGCAUGCUUUUCUACGAAAUUUAAGUUACAUUGCACCAUUGGUUAAUUGUGGGGGACGUAAACAUAAAGUAGUGGUGUUAAUAAAUUCCGCCCGUGCUAACAUAGAACGUCGUAGAGCUAUCCGUGAAAGUUGGGCAAAUCAGUAUGUACUUUCUGAUCAUCGGGUGUGUUUGGUGUUUGCCAUUGGAAUUCAUAUACCUGCCGAUCCACUACUGACAGUGAACAUCGAACGAGAAAAGGCCUCAGAACGCGAUAUAUUAGAAGGCAAUUUUGUGGAUCAUACUCACAAUAACACAUUAAAAUCUUUAACAGGUUUUACGUGGGUAUCGUCUUCUUGCAGUGAUGUGCCUUACACUCUACUUGCAGAGGAUAAUAUGUUUAUUAAUUUUGAGGUGUUAAUGAACACAGUUUUAUUUAAUUUAGUAUACUAUCCAAAGAGUUUCUGGAUGGGUCAUUUGGAACUAAAGAGAAAAGUGACGAGAAGACAAGAUUCCAUUAACUACAUUUCAUAUAAUACAUACUCAGAGGCCGCACUUCCUCCAUUGUGCUCCAAAGAGGCUGGUUUUCUUCUUUCUUCUCAAGCCAUAUUGCAGGUGCUCGAAACUGCCGCCAACGCUUCCCUAAUUCCACGCAUUGAUCACUUCUUAGCAGUAACUCUACACAAAUAUAAUUCUGGACGAAUGAAAAUAGUACAUAACAAGGUUUUCUCAACGAGUAUAGCUGAUGUCUGCGCCUUGAGAAAUCUAGCAACGAUCCCAGGAAUGUUCUCCGUAAGUAGCCAUGGAAUACAUUGGAAAAAUUUAUCCAGUAUUUCGUUUCUGAAAACGUGUGACGACCCAGAUCUCGAUUUAGUGCUACAUAGUAAAGUUUCAAACGACGAGUAUUUUGGAAAGACUUUAAAGUUCAUCCAUUCAAAUGAAGAUGCAUGCGCAGACAUUGACAACGAUUCUGAAGAGUCAUUUUUGGUAGCACUUAUUAGCACGUUACCAUGGAAUCAUCAACGACGCAAUGCAAUUAGACGCACCUGGGGUGCGAGUCGAAAGAUAGACAAUAUUAAUAUAAGGGUUUUAUUUGUAACCGGUGUUACACAGAAGGACAAUCAAUUGUAUAAUACAAUCCUAGUGAAUGAAAUGUAUGAAUUCAAUGACAUUAUCCAGGCUAACUUUAUAGAAUCUUUUCACAACCUUACGUUAAAGGUCUCACUUGGGCUCAAAUGGAUGACAUUGUACUGCAACCAUGCUCAAUUUCUAUAUAAAGGUGAUGACGAUAUGUUCGUUAAUUUCGAACGUAUUGUCAAAUUUCUACAACAGAGAUUAAUUCCUCGGCCAUUUUAUUUAGGUCAGGUCAUGCACAGAAGCAGGACUAUCCGUAGGCCGACGUCCAAAUAUUUCAUACCAGUAAACGUAUAUUCUGGAAAGUACCUCCCGCCGUAUUGCAGCGGUGGUGGGUAUAUUAUCUCCACGGACGUUAUCCCUGCCAUGUAUAGAGCUGCUCUAAAAACACCAUUAUUACCGAUUGAUGACGCGUUUCAAGGAAUAGUGGCCAAGAAAACCAGGGUGAGCCCAACCAUGAUUGACCAGUUCAAAAACUAUGGCGGCCCAAGUGACCACUGCGCCUUAAGUUCGUCUAUGACGGUCCAUGGGUUUGAAACUGCAGACCAGCUGAUGAAAGUGUGGAGUAACUAUACAGAUACAACAACAUUGUCAUGCCCCGAGGAUAAUUAACAUUAUCACAUGUUCAAUUAUAAUAUAUCUUAAAAUAAUUAAUCUACUGAAUAAUAAUCGACCCUCGCUGCUGUCGUAAAAGCGACGCACGUGACGUAGAUUUUCGUUCGAAAGCGUCGUAAAAACUUAUAGCGUUAAUAUAUUGAGUAAACGUCAAGGCGCAUAAUUCAUAGGCCUAAACCUUAACAUUCAAAUUACUAUAGGCCUAUUUAAAAUACAAAUUAUGAAAAUUUAUUUAGUCUGCAAUACCAACUUUCUUUGUGCAGAUGGAGGACACGAAGCAGCUUCAUUUAUUUUGUAGAUGAUGUUCUUGGUCAAAUGCCUGAUGGGUUAUUGUCAAUCUACUGCACGGUAUGCCUAUUUUUGUAAAAUAUUAAACUUUAUAAUGACAA